CAAACUAUGACCAACCCUAGUUGUUUAGCGUAAUUUAUUCUAAAAUAAAUAAUAAAUUUGUUAGUAAAAUAAAAUCCAGCAACAAUUAUCAAAGCUCCCUUUAUGCUGUAGUUAUUCACAGGAAAAGGAAAAAGAAGUGAAAAAAAGACAGAUAAACCCCACGUGCUGUAGUUUAUUCUCAAAACACAAGUACACUCACUGCCGCCGGUAAUCUCGUGCGUGUGUGUAUUCAAAAGGUUCUUAAAAUUUAGCAAGUGAAGAAAGACACUUUGGUCUUUGGGAAGAAACCUGGUGCAUCCACUUAAACGAUUUCACAUAUACCAGUUGUUAGAUUUGGACGGAAAAGCUCAUUUAAAGCCUACAGUGCCAAGAUGGAGCUCUCUAUCACACGACCUGAUGAUUGGCAUCUUCAUCUUCGUGAUGGUGACGUUCUUAACGCAGUUGUCCCUCACAGUGCACAGCACUUUGGGAGGGCAAUAGUCAUGCCAAAUUUGAAGCCUCCUAUCACUACCACCGCUGCUGCUGUAGCAUACCGGGAAGAAAUAUUGAAAUCUUUGCCUGCCCAUAGUGAUUUCAAUCCUCUUAUGACACUUUAUUUGACAGAUACAACCAGUCCUCUGGAAAUCAAACUAGCAAGAGAGAGCCAGGUCGUAUUUGGGGUGAAGUUGUACCCUGCUGGUGCCACAACAAAUUCUCAAGAUGGAGUGACUGAUCUCUUUGGGAAGUGUUUACCAGUUCUACAGGAAAUGGUUGAGCAUAAUAUGCCUCUGCUGGUUCAUGGAGAGGUUACAAAUCCCGAGGUUGACAUGUUUGAUCGAGAAAAGGUUUUUAUUGAAACAGUUCUAAGACCUUUGGUUCAGAAAUUUCCACAAUUGAAGGUCGUGAUGGAACAUGUUACCACCAAGGAUGCUGUAAAGUUUGUUGAAUCUUGCACUGAAGGAUCUGUUGCAGCGACUGUCACCCCACAGCAUCUUGUUUUGAACAGGAAUUCUCUCUUCCAAGGGGGCUUGCAACCGCAUAAUUUCUGCCUUCCAGUGCUCAAAAGAGAGAUCCACAGGCAGGCUCUUGUGUCAGCUGUAACAAGUGGAAGUAAAAGAUUUUUUCUUGGGACUGACAGUGCUCCUCAUGAUAGACAAAGGAAAGAAUGUUCUUGUGGAUGUGCUGGUAUUUACAAUGCUCCUGUAGCCUUGUCAGUAUAUGCAAAGGUGUUUGAGAAGGAAAAUGCACUUGACAAGCUCGAAGCAUUUACUAGCUUCAAUGGACCAGACUUCUAUGGGCUUCCUAGGAACAAUUCAAAGAUUAAGUUGAGCAAGACGCCAUGGAAGGUACCCGGAUCAUUCUCUUAUGCAUCAGGAGAUAUUGUUCCCAUGUUUGCUGGUGAAAUGCUCGACUGGUUGCCCUCUCCUCUCUGAGAGAAAAAAAAAAUGAGGUUUGCAUUCUCAUUUUUCACUCUUUCUUGUACCGUAAUGUUGUGAUUCAACAAAAAUGUAGACUUUAGGGGUAUUCAUCUUUCCUUUCCUGUUGAUUAGAUAUUAUCAGAACGAUAAAGUCAAUUCGAUAAUAUCGUUUCAGCCAAUCUUUUUUAUGAAAUGAUAAGAAGGCUUUCUGGA